GUCGAGUAAAAGAGACUUCCGGGAGGCACAUUUUCUCAGACGUUACUUUGAAACAACUAGCGUGGUUUGUUUUAGCCUCCUAUUUCCACUUGUGCUUUCCUCUCGCUGUUCAUGUGUAGAAAAGGCGGUUGUCGAGCGCGAGAUAUUUAGCUGCCAGAAUAAAUGUCAGCUCGCAUGGCUGUAUGGAAAGUAAGCAUGUAAGGAGCUCUUUGGUCUGGAGCUCAUGUCCACCUGCAGCCUCCAAAAAUUUGCAGAAACAAGCUGAGAUAGCCGUUGCAGCAGAAGCAUGGACGCUGUCCUGAGCAGGUUGAAAGGCCUCACUGCUGAUGAACUGAGGGAGGAGAUCAUUAAAGCCAACUUGAAAUGUGGCCCCAUCACUGCCACGACUAGAGCCAUAUUUGAGCGCAAGCUUGCCAGGGCUCUAGUGGAGAGUGCUGGACUUACUGAGCCUGAUGCCAGUGGUGAUAACAGUGCCACGUUGGACAGGAGUGUGGUGCCAUCCAGUGCCGCUUCAGCAACCCCAGAUGCAAUCACAGGCGAAGAUGGGGAUUUCGGGUACGGCAUGGGCCUUAAUCCACCAGAGGAAGAGGCUCUGAGUGGAACAGUGUGCGCCUGUAAUGUGGAGAACACGCAGACUCCCUCUAAAACUGCACAGGUGUCACCCACCUUCUACGGAGUGUGUCCAUUGUGGGAGGAUGUGCUGGCUAGGAAUGAGAGAGCCCAUGUGUACACGGAUAAGAAAGAGGCUUUGCAGGCUGUUAAAAUGAUGAAGGGGGCUCGGUUUAAAGCUUUCUCCAAUCGUGAGGAUGCUGAGAAGUUUGCCAAAGGCAUUUGUGACUACUACCCUUCGCCUAGUAAAAGCACUCCCUGUGUUUCUCCUGUCAAACCCGGCCUGGUGUUUAGCAAAGACCACCCUUCUAUGAUAGAGGCAGACACAAUCAACAGGGAGAAAGCAAACAGUUUUAAGAGCCCUCGGACACAGGAUUUGACAGCUAAGCUGAGGAAGGCUGUGGAAAAGGGAGACGAGUUGGGAUUUACUGAGCUGGUGUGGAGCAACCCUCGCUACCUCAUCGGGUCAGGAGACAACCCUACUGUAGUCCAGGAGGGCUGCAGGUAUAACGUAAUGCAUGUGGCUGCUAAAGAGAACCAGCCAGGGAUUGUUCAGAUCCUGUUGGACACUCUUGAGAACCCAGAAUUCAUGCGGCUUAUGUACCCAGAUGACCUGGAGAGCAUGCUGCAGAAACGCAUCCGCUAUAUCGUAGACCUGUACCUUAAUACACCAGACAAAGCUGGGUUUGAGACACCUCUUCACUUCGCAUGCAAGUUUGGCUGCCCAGAGGUUGUAAACAUACUCUGUUCUCAUCCAGACAUUGACAAGAACUGCAAGAACAAGUAUAACCAGAAACCCUGUGAGGUUAUUUGUGAAAGAAUGAAAGAAAAGGGUAAAGUUCAAGAAGUCAAACAGAAAAUAAAUGAAUAUUUAGAAGAGCGAUUGUACAUCCCUUUGCUGCGAGCCACUGAUAACUCCUCCCAGGCUGUGAUUGGUGCUCCUUGGUCUCCUGAGCCAAUGGAAUCCCUUUCGCCAUGGUUACCCAGAAGUCCAAAGGAUCCAGUUAUGGCAGUCAGGGCCUUUGCUGGACCUUUAAGUCCAUCCAAAGCGGAUGAGUUCAGACGAGCGUGGAAAACUCCUCCCAGAGAGCGGGCAGACCAUUUUCACAACAUCCUGAAGUCUGACCCGGACCGUGGAGCAGAAAGAGUUGGCAGAGAUCUGGCCCAUGAACUCGGUCACCCCUGGGCAGAGUACUGGGAUUUCCUGGAUAGUUUUGUGGAUCUGCAGUCAACUGAAGGCCUGAAAAUGCUUGAAGAAUACCUCAGUAAAAAGGACUUCAGGGAGCGAGCUCAUGAAGAGGCUGGAGAGAAUGAAACCAGCAACAGGUUUAAAACACCCUCUCCAGGCAAACUGAAGAAGUUCUGUAAUUCCAUCUCCGUGGGGGCUUUUCUAGAUGAGGGUGAUGACAUCAGCCUGGAGGAGAUCAAGAACCGGCAGAACGCUGCUCUCACCAGUAUUUCUUCUGUGUGCUCCAAAGACGGCCUGCAGGGGGCAGUAGGAGGACUGGAGUUUCACAUCCUCCCAGUGUCCCACAGCGCUGACCUCAUAGAAGCGGCGGCAGAGCAGGACCUGCUGCUCUCAGAGAAAUCCAUGAUCUCCAGCAGUAAAAAUGGCCUUUGCGAACAGGGCUCCGGUGAUAGGACUCCAAACGGGGACAAAGUAUCGCCUCGUAUCUGCGGUUCCUCCAAUUCCUGCAUGCUGUCACCAAUCUCAAACUUAAUGGCAGAGUUUGAGAGGAUGUCUUUGCUGGAUGAGCCUGAUAGGACAAACAGAGAGAGGAGGAGGAGCGGAGGGAAACGUCAGACCACAGAGCUCACCUCUGGACUGGGACGCCUUUCGCUGUCUUCUGAAGACGACUCUGUGUUUGAGAAAGACAGGACGUCUGCUUUGCGGGCAGCAGAGAAUGAUGGAACAGAGAGGAGAAAUGAGGUGGACGUGAGGUCCAGUGCGAGUUCAGAUGAGUACUUUCUGGCCAGUGAGCGGCUGGAACCUAUAAACCAACAGACUAUAGAUACUUCAGGGUGCGAGCGCAUGAUCUGCGCCAGGUCAAAGUCCUGGGAUCAUGGGGGAAGAGACCUCAGCUCCUCGGGGUCUUCCAGCUCCUACAGAUCACUCGACAGCUCUCAGGACUUCAUACUGCGGACUCCUCCAAGAGUGACCAAAGGCCUCUUCAUUGAAGGGGAUUCACCCACCAAGUUGGACAGAGAGGUUUUGUCAGCUUUAGGAGUCUCGGACUUCGACCCUCUAAAGUUUCCCAGCAUUCACAAAUGGAAGAGCACAAUUCAGACAUACUCACAGUCAGAAAUGCAAAGCUGGCUGACUCCUGCAGUGCACAAAAGCCAUCUGAGGGCUCUCUCGGCCACUCCUGGCUCUCCAGUGAGCGGUUUGAUGUCCCCCGUGAGCCGCUUCAGCCCAGCUCGACACAUGGGCUCGCCAGACAACUGCAGUCCCGGACGCUACAGUCCAGCACACUCCACCUACAGCCCCGCUCACCCCAACUACAGCCCUGUCAGCUACAUUCAACGCAUCCGCCUCAAACAUUUCGGAGAUACUCCUAUUUAACAUACACUCUCCAUCCCGUCCAGCCCCACCGCAAAUUUCCAACUGAACCCGAAAUAACAAAUAUAACUAAAUCCAGUGCGGGCUGUUUCAGAGGAUGGAUCUUUUUUUUCCCGAGGAGAACGAUGUUGUAACGGAAGCCAUUAAAAAUCUGCUCAAAAUGGGCUCCUAGUGCCGCGCGAAACCGCAGACAGGAUCUCGCAACAGGCCGUCCUUCAGUUUGUAAGCUCUUAGGUUCAUAGAACACGGCUCAAAUAAUAUAAAUAUGCACAUCUCCCGGGGUUCCUCAAUCAUAAGAUCUAUAUAUAAAUAUAUAUAUUCGGUACUUUUGUGUAUGACACCUGGUGUGAUGAUCUGUGAUGGAUGUAUAGACCUUUUCUAUCUUAUUUUGUUUUUGUUUUGUUCUUUAUCUACGUGUGAGUGCGAACGUGUGCUUGAGAUUUAUCUGUGGAUUUUCAAAACCGUAUCUUUAAUGGAAAUGAACGAUUUCCUACUUAAAAGUAUUGUUCAUCCAAAAAAAAAAAGAAGGAAUUUGCUGAUUAUUUAUUCACCAUCAGGUCAUCCAUGGUGUCUUUGUGUUUUCUUCUGUAGAAUAUUAAAUAAGAUUUCUUUAACUGAAACCUCAGUCCAGGGGUGUCCAAGCUCAGUCCUGGACGGCUGGUGUUCUGCAUAGUUUAGCUUUAUUUAACACACCUGCCUGGAAGUUUUUGUAUACCUAAAGAGCUUGAUUAGCUGGUUUAGGUGUGUUUGAUUAGGGUUGGAACUAAAAUAUGCAGGACACCGGCCCUCCAGGACCAUGUUUGGGCAACCCUGCCUUAGUCCAAAGAUCUCAAACUGGAUUCCUAGAGCCGCAGCUCUGCACAGUUUUGCUCCAACACAGCUGAUCCAACUAAUCAAGCUGUUCAAGAGUACUAGACUAUUCAGCAGGUGUGAGUUGGAGGUGGGUGGAGCUAAACUAUGCAGAGCUGUGGUUCUCCAGGAAUUAAGUUUAAGACUACUGCCUUAGUCUAUAGCAGGGGUGUCCAAACUCAGUCCUAAAGGGUCGGUGUCCUUCAUAUUUUAAUUCCAACCCCAAUUAAACACACCAGAACUAAUCAAGCUAUUUCUUGGUAUACUAGAAACUUCUGGGCAGGGGUGUUGAAGCAAGUUAAAGCUAAACUGUGCAGGAGACCAGCCCUCUUGGACCGAGUUUGAACGCCCCUGGUCUAUAGGAAUUAAGUUGGCACCUAAGGAGAGUCAUAAAAACAUAUACAGACAACACAAUUAAUUCUGGUGACUUUUGAUGAUACAUUGGGGUUUUAUGAAGUGAAACAAUCAUUAUGUGUAAGAACCUGAACAUUAUUAUUAUUAUUAUUAUUAUCUACUGCCUCGACAUUAUAGCCCAUAGAAUUACAUAAUGACAUUGUUUGCAUGUUAACAAUGGAGAACAUGUAUUUUUUAUCAAAAUGUCACAUACUUAUCCAUGAUGCUGCAACCUAUAUGUAAAAACAGUAGUAUAAUAUUUGAGUAUGCAUUCUCAAUUAAGAGGAUUGACUUGUAGUGGAUUCUCAACAUUUGACUAAUGUCAUAACACAACAGGAAGCUUGUGAAGGUCAUAAUGCUGUCAGUAUUUAGCCCAAUCGUUUUGCUUCUUAAGACUUCAAUGUAUUGCCUAGAGCCAUGUUCAUUUUGUUUUAUCUAUACAUGUUUUUUUGGUCUCUCUAACUGCUAGUCACUCUUGACUUGGCUUUUAUGAGUCACAAAAUAACAACGGUUUCAGCUCAAUCUUCUUUAAUGAUCUUCUAAAGAAAAAGUCACAUCUUGGGUGGCCUGUGGGCAAGUAAAUUAAAGGGUUCGUUCACCCACAAUUGAAAAUUCUGCUAUUAAUGACUCAUCCUCAAGUUGUUCCAAUGCCCUGAAACCUUCAAUCUUCUUCAGAACACACUUGAAGAUAUUUUGUAUGCAUUCUGAGAGCUCCCUCAUCCUCCAUAGACAGCAAUGGUCAGACUUAUCCAGAAAGGUACCAAAAAACAUUGUCAAAAUACUAUCAAGCUUCGAGAUUACUUUUGUGUGCACAUAAAACAAAGAUAGCAACUUUAUUCAACAGUUUCUUCUCUUCAGUAUAGGGCUCAUAUUCACAAGAACAUUACACUAAUGCAGUGUUUCCCAACCCUGUUCGUGGAGGCACACCAACAGUACAAACUUUGGAUGUCUCCCUUAUCUGACCCAUUAUCUUCAGGUUUUGGAGACUCUGCUGAUGUUCUAAUUUAGGUGUGUUUGAUUAGGGAGAGGUUGAAAAUGUUGGUGUGCCUUCAGGAACAGGGUUGGGAAACACUGCACAAAUGUAUACGUGCAACUUCUUCUGAAACAAAAAGCACAGGCUCAUCCGAAGUAUAUGUCAGCUUGAAUUGAAGGUCACAAUUUAUUUUGAUGGUCUGUUUACUGAAUUUAAGUUAUACUGCAUCUACAUGCCAGCUAAUUCUCAUUAGGUUGUAAGUAGACUGUUAGGUUGGGGUUAGUGUAAGUUGACAUGUACAUGCAAAGUUUGUGUUCUGAAGAUGAACUAAAGUCUAAGGGCAUUAGAAUGAUAAAAAGGGGAGUAAUUAAUACCAACGUUUUUAUUUUUGUGGUGAACUAACCAACAAAUAGCAGCUUUUUAUCAUUGGGUUUAACAGUCAUUCGAAAUGGGAUAGAAAUAAAACGAUGUCACUAUAUCUAGAAACCCAGUGCUAAAUUGAAAUAAUAAAUAUAGCUCUUUUUGCUAGUUAACCGACAGUAGCACAAAAAUGCUCGUUUUAAUGUGUUUUUAAGGGAAAAGAAACAAGGCAUCCUGACUGCCAAAAGCUAUUUUUAUUCUUUAAUUGGAAAAAAGAAAACUGCCUUAAAUUUCUUAAAGGAAAGACCAACAUCUGAAUCCUAAAAGCAGGUGUUUAUUAAUGCAUUGUUAACAACAGCCUUAGGUGUUUGGAGGGGGAUUAAAAAAAGAGGAGGAGUAUAGUAACGUGUGAAAAUAUUCCCCUUUUUUAAUUCAAUAAAUGUGAUUUAUCAUUUCUAAAUAUGUAUUUGUUUGCACUUUUAAUUACAUUACUUUUGGAGUUUGACGCAGUUCAUCGUGCACAACGGAUGAUACUCUGGUUUGUUUGAGAGACUUGAAUCUGAAAUUUGAGCAUGUACAGAAAGUUGGCGAUUGAUCGAUUGAUUGAUUGAUAGAUAAUGAGUGCAGAUGGCCAGUCGGAUCUGUGAAUGUCAUAAAAGCUGUAAGACUUGAUGAUUGUGGAUUCAGAGUGUUGUAAGUGCACUUUAAACGUGUCGGAAAUUGGUGUCCUUCAUCAUCAUCAUGGUUGAUAUUUCAGACUCAAGGUUAUAGAUCAUGUUUGUGCAAUUCUCUCAACGGCUUUUGAGAUGAAUCCAAUUGCCAGAACUCCAAACAAUAUGUGCUGAAACGGAAAAAGCUCCAGGUAGUUCAGCUUUUAUUUCGUUUUAACUUGACAAAUAUCUCAAGGAAACGAGUCUGUGGUACUUUCAGAUCAUGUGAACUCUUUCUUUGGUGCCCAUUAUUCUCGGUGUAGUGCUGGCCUGUUGAUCUUUGCUUUGUAAAGCUUUAGUGCCUUUGAUUAUGAUCUAUUUGGAAGGGCCUGUAUGACAUGCACUGACCACAUACAAGCUGAAUAGACCCCUUUUUUCGUGUGUUCCCUAGUGUAAAACGAAUGGUACAGUAGCAUCGGCAUAUGCAGUGUCUGAAUACCUCUCAAAUACGAUUGUAAGAGAAGAAAAAAAGGUUUACAGUUUAGUUAUUGCUAGUGUUGUAUCAAUGCCAGCCUUACUUUUCUGUUUUGUUAACUGAUGCUUUGUAGUGCCAACACUGGUCAAUUGAAAAUGAGUUGCAGUUUAUUGUCGAGAAUUGAAUUAUUUUUGUUGUCCUGGCCUUUACGUUGCAUGCAUUUCUAGUCCUAUUUUAUUACAGUAUACGUUAAAGGAAAGUAUUUGAUGUUCUAUUGAUGAACGAUAAAUAAAGUGCACAGUCUUGUAACUUUA